GCUUAUAUAUGGAGAAAGCACACUUCUGUCAGCAUCAUUCGGAACAGGCAAGAUCGUAGAGGAUACAUAAGAAGAUACGCAAAUCAUUCGGAGGGAACUUGACUGAAUUGAUUCAUUGUAGAGGCCUUUAAAUCGUUGAUAACGUUGUAGUAACGCGUUUUCCUCAUUUCUGCGUCCAGAAAAAGAGAAGCAACGAUGAAGCUGUUGUGGCUUGUAGUGCUUGUGGUCGGCACCGUGCGUGCUGAUGACGACGACAAAAAGGACAGUGUGGGCACUGUCAUAGGAAUUGACCUGGGGACAACCUACUCAUGUGUUGGAGUCUUCAAGAAUGGACGUGUGGAGAUUAUUGCCAAUGACCAGGGUAACCGCAUCACCCCCUCAUAUGUGGCCUUCACCAGUGAGGGUGAGCGUCUCAUUGGUGAUGCUGCUAAGAAUCAGCUGACCUCUAACCCUGAGAACACAGUCUUUGAUGCCAAGAGGCUGAUUGGUCGCGCAUGGGGCGACUCCUCUGUGCAGCAGGACAUCAAAUACCUGCCUUUCAAGGUUAUUGAGAAGAAGAGCAAGCCCCACAUCCAGGUUGACAUUGGUGGUGGCCAGAUCAAAACCUUUGCCCCAGAGGAGAUCUCUGCUAUGGUCCUGACCAAGAUGAAGGAGACUGCUGAGGCUUACCUUGGCAAGAAGGUCACACAUGCUGUGGUGACUGUCCCUGCCUAUUUCAAUGAUGCUCAGCGCCAGGCCACUAAGGAUGCUGGCACCAUUGCUGGUUUGAAUGUCAUGAGAAUCAUCAAUGAGCCUACUGCUGCCGCUAUUGCUUAUGGCCUGGAUAAGAAAGAUGGCGAGAAGAACAUCCUUGUGUUCGAUCUGGGCGGUGGUACCUUUGACGUCUCCCUUCUGACCAUUGACAACGGUGUGUUUGAAGUGGUAGCCACCAACGGUGACACCCACCUGGGAGGUGAAGACUUUGACCAGCGUGUCAUGGAGCACUUCAUCAAGCUGUACAAGAAGAAGACCGGCAAGGACGUGCGCAAAGACAACCGCGCUGUGCAGAAGCUCCGUCGUGAGGUCGAGAAGGCAAAGAGGGCUCUGUCUGCCCAGCACCAGGCUCGUAUUGAGAUCGAGUCCUUUUUUGAGGGAGAAGACUUCUCUGAGACCCUGACCCGUGCCAAGUUUGAAGAGCUCAACAUGGACCUGUUCCGCGCUACAAUGAAACCUGUACAGAAAGUCCUGGAAGACUCGGACCUGAAGAAGUCCGACAUUGACGAGAUCGUGCUUGUUGGAGGCUCCACUCGUAUCCCUAAAAUCCAGCAGCUGGUGAAGGAGUUCUUCAAUGGCAAAGAGCCGUCCAGGGGCAUCAAUCCCGAUGAGGCUGUGGCGUACGGAGCUGCUGUCCAGGCUGGAGUGCUCUCUGGAGAAGAAGAUACUGGAGAAGUGGUCCUUCUGGAUGUGUGCCCCCUCACCCUUGGUAUUGAGACUGUUGGAGGAGUCAUGACCAAACUGAUCCCCAGGAACACUGUUGUGCCAACAAAGAAAUCUCAGAUCUUCUCGACAGCCUCAGAUAACCAGCCUACUGUCACAAUUAAAGUUUAUGAAGGCGAGCGUCCUCUGACAAAAGACAACCAUCUGCUGGGCACCUUCGACCUGACUGGCAUCCCCCCUGCCCCUCGUGGAGUUCCACAGAUUGAAGUCACCUUUGAAAUUGAUGUCAACGGCAUUCUACGCGUUACCGCUGAAGACAAGGGAACAGGCAACAAGAACAAGAUCACCAUCACAAAUGACCAGAACCGCCUGACCCCUGAAGACAUCGAGAGGAUGGUGAACGACGCCGAGCGCUUUGCUGACGAAGACAGGAAGCUGAAGGAGAGGAUCGACGCCCGCAAUGAACUGGAAAGCUACGCCUACUCUCUGAAGAACCAAAUUGGCGACAAGGAGAAGCUCGGUGGCAAACUGUCAGAUGAGGACAAGGAGGCCAUUGAGAAGGCUGUUGAGGAGAAGAUCGAGUGGAUGGAGUCCCACCAAGAUGCCGAUCUGGAAGACUUCCAGGCUAAGAAGAAGGAGCUGGAGGAAGUUGUUCAGCCUAUUAUCAGCAAGCUCUACGGCAGCGCAGGCGGACCUCCACCAGAGGGUGCCGAGGAGCAAGAAAAAGAUGAGUUGUAGGCAGGCUUGAAGUCUCUGGUUGCCCUUUUCCCUUUUAGGUGGCAUUAGCAUGAAUUUGAACUGAUGGGACUCAAUAGUGAGAGGAGUGGCAGGGAAGGGGUGACGAUAACAAGCAACCAUACUGAAUUUUCUAAAAGACUUGAAAAUAAACUUCAGUGUGAGAAAUGUCCUUCGCUGCAAGGCGGAGAUUCGUCAGCCCAGAUGAGGCUUGUUGCUGCUGUUCUCAGGCAGUCCUAAUGGGGGUUUUGUGAAGGGGAGGGGCUUAUUUGGGUGGGCAAGUUAUUAGUGGGUACACUUAGUAUGGAUGGUGUCUGUGGGAUCAAUGGUUCUGUUCACAGGCAGUGCUCAAAGUUAUUUAUUGUACUUCUGGAAAGACACUGAAAUAAAUGUUUCAUACAAACUA